AUGUUUAGAUUUUACAACGUCGUUCGGCUCCUACUUGCACUAUCCAUAUUCAUGUCGUAUGCCAUCCCGUUCUACAUUCCAAUAAACUUCAUCUGGUCCAUUCUUCAACCGAAACUAACCGAUCGUGCUUUCUUUCACAAGUUCGGAGAGUAUUUCUUGAAGAUGUUCUUUCACGUCAUAAUAUUCGCAUUUGUUGUAGCGGUGCCACACCUGGAGUCGAUAAUAGCCUUGAUAGGAGCUCUGUUCAACACUCCAUUAGCUAUCGCUCUACCUGCACUCCUCGACAUCAUCCUUUGCCAUUUUCUCAGAAGUUACGAAAGUCUCCCUCCAAUAAGACGUCCGCUCUGGCUAAAAUUGAAAAUAUUCAAAAAUUGCUUCAUCGUUUUUCUUGGUACUGCAGGGACUGUUGUAGGCACCCUGGUGACUGUGGUCAGGAUUGUAAGAGUUUCAAUAAAUUUUUAA